AUGGCUUAUUUUCCAUUCUGCAGCCUCUUUCCUCAAAGACGCAUAGCUGCACGCCUAUCUUUACUCUAUCGUUAUUUCUAUGACAAAUGUUCGGACGAAGUCAACUAUUUAGUUCCAACAGUUCAGUCUUUUACAGCUAGGACGCGCCACGCUACGUCCACAAAACCGAAUCAGCUGCAUUUCCACGGUAUUCCAGUCUUUCCUGUUCAUUUAAUUUUAUUGAUAAAUUUCCCCUUUCAAAGAUUGUUUUUCUUUUAUUCACACAAGUUCUCACUCUUCUUUGAUUUCUUCUUCUUCCUUCCUUCCUUCCUUCCUUCCUUCCUUCCUUCCUUCCUUCCUUCCUUCCUCUCCUUCCUUCCUCUCUUCUUUGCUCUCUUCCUUCCUUCCUUCCUUCCUUCCUUCUGCCUUCCCUUCCUUCCUUCCUUCCUGUCUUCCUCUCCUCUUUCCUCUCUUCCUUCCUUCCUUCCUUCUUUCCUUCCUCUCUUCCUUCCUUCCUUCCUUUUUUCUCUGCCUUCCUUCCUUCCUUCCUUCCUUCCUUCCUUCCUUCCUUCCUUCUUCCUUCCUUCCUUCCUUCCUGUCUUCCCUCCUUCCUUCCUCUUUUCUUUCCUCUCUUCCUUCCGUCCUUCCUUCCUUCCUUCCUUCCUUCCUUCCUUCCUUCCUUCCUCCUUCCUUCCUUCCUUCCUGUCUGCCUUCCUUCCUUCCUUCCUUCCUUCCUUCCUUCCUUCCUUCCUUCCUUCCUGUCUCCUUCCUUCCUUCCUCUUCUUCUUUCCUCUUCCUUCCUUCCUUCUUUCCUUCCUCUCUUCCUUCCUUCCUUCCUUCCUUCCUUCCUCUCUGCUUUCUUUCCUUCCUUCCUGUCUUCCUCUCCUUCCUUCCUCUCUUCUUUCCUCUCUUCCUCUCUUCCUUCCUUCCUUCCUCUCUUCCUUCCUGUCUGCCUUCCUUCCUUCCUUCCUGACUGCCUUCCUUCCUUCCUUCCUUCCUUCCUUCCUUCCUUCCUUCCUUCCUGUCUUCCUCUCCUUCCUUCCUCUCUUCUUUCCUCUCGUCCUUCCUUCCUUCCUUUUUUCCUUCCUUCCUUCCUUCCUUCCUUCCUUCCUUCCUUCCUUCCUUCCUCUUUUCCUUCCUUCCUCUUCCUUCCUUCCUUCCUUCCUUCCUUAUUUCAUCAUUUAUAUAUUGUUCUUGUGUUUCAUAAUUUUUUUUUUCUUUCUUUCAUUUUGGAUUCUCCGUUUAUACUUCAUUUUCAUUCCUGCUUUCAUCCCUUCUUCCUUCUUUCUUUAUUUCUUUUGCUCUUUGAUUUUUUCCUGUCAUUCAUUUUGUUUUUCUUUUCAUUCUUAUUCUUCAUUUCCUUUCUUUUUUUCAUUUUUUCUCUCUUUUUCUUCUUUAGCAUAUAUUUCUCUUCUUUAUUACUUGAUCUUUCUUUCUUUCUUUCUUUCUUUCUUCUAUAUUUCUCUUUUUUCUUUCUUGUUUGGUUCUCUUCAAUUAGUCAUUCCUUUACAAUGUUUCUUUUUUUUUCUUUCUUCAUUCUCUGCUUUCUUUCAGUUCGUUUCUUUUCUUUUCAUUGUUAGAAUGGUCGUAUUAUUCUUUUUCUCUUUCUUUCUUUCUUUCUUUCUUUCUUAUUUUUCUAAUUUGAAUUUUACCAUUCAUUUUCUUUCUUUCUUUCUUUUAUAUUUCUCUUUUUCUAAUUUGAAUUUUUCUCUUCAUUUUCUUUCUUUCUUUUAUAUUUUUGUUGCUUUCUUUUUUUUCGUCUCAUUCAUGUUUCUUUUCAUUAUUUUUUUUCCAUGCUUUCUUUCUUCCAUGUCUUUCUUUCUUAUUUUGAUUCUCGCUUUUAUAAUUCGUAUUCGUUCUUUCUUUGAUGCUUUCUUUCUCGAUUCAUACUUUUCCUUAGCAAUUCUUUGA